GAAUUUGUGUAGUGUGUACCCGUUCCAACUUAGACUUUCUAUGUGGAGGUGUGUGUGGGGUUCUCUCUCCUGGCUUUUCUCCAGAAGCUACACUAGUUUCUGUUUGUCCACUUCGUCUUCAAGUGAACCAGGCAAUCGAUCCCCUGAAAAUGUCAAAAUAAUAAAGAAUGUGUUGGUAGAAGAUUGAUUCCAUAAAAGAAAAGAAUUGUCAAACCAUACUUGGGAAGGUCAUGACUGACAAUACAACCGCCCUUAGUUAUUGGCUAAACUGGAGGUUCCUCCUCUGUGCAAUAUGGGUCUUAGCAGCCAUGGUAGCAUCAGCAUUUUUAAUAUGGAAAUAUGAAGGUUUCAACAAAUCAAGUAAUGGAAGAAGAGAUAAUCAGAGAGAAACUGCAGGGUCUUCAUACAAGGAUGAAGCUUGGAAGACAUGUUUGAGAACAAUCCAUCCCGCUUGGUUACUUGCUUAUAGAAUAACUGCUUUCAGUGUGCUUUUAGCAUUACUCAUCGCAAAUGUUGUUGUUGAUGGAGGCGGCAUAUUUUAUUAUUAUACUCAGUGGACAUUUGCAUUGGUGACAAUAUAUUUUGGGCUUGGAUCUUCAUUAUCCAUUUAUGGAUGUUGCCAAAAUUGCAAUGAAGUUGGUGGUGAUAGGGUUGAUCGAGUGGAUUUAGAUGCAGAGCGAGGCACUUACGUGGCUCCCACUUUUGGGGAAAAUGAAAAUAUGCCCACCGUGUCCAAAAUCUUGAAUACCCAUGAAGAACCUCAUGUUCGUAAACCUGCCAGCAUAUGGGGCUAUACCUUUCAAAUUACUUUCCAGAUGUGUGCAGGUGCCAUGGUGCUCACUGAUAGCGUCUUUUGGUUCGUGAUCUAUCCAUUUCUCACUGACAGAGAUUUCAAAUUGAAUUUUCUGAUGGUGAUUAUGCAUUCAAUCAACGUUGUUUUCCUCCUCGGUGAAGUUAUUUUGAAUUGCUUGCGGUUCCCUUUCUUCCGAGUAGCGUAUUUUGUUUUAUGGACAGUUAUAUACGUCAUUUUCCAAUGGAUCACCCAUGCUUUUAUUUCACUGUGGUGGCCAUACGCAUUUUUUGACUUGUCAUCCCCAUAUGCUCCCCUGUGGUAUUUGGCAAUUGGAUUGCUGCAUCUCCCAUGCUACGGCUUUUUCGCUCUGAUAGUAAAGAUGAAGCAAUUUUGGUUUUCGAGAUCAUUCCCGAAUUCCUAUCGAAGCAUGAGGUGAGAAAGUUAAUUGGCAAAGCACCAGAGACAAGUUAAGCACUGGUGCCAACUCCAUUUCCUCUCUUAUCUCACCUACAGUAAUUCAAGCUUCUUUUCUUAGAGGGGAUUCCACAGGUAGUCCAACUGUAAAAAAAAACUGGGUAGUUAUCGAGUAGAGAUAUAUUUUUUCUUCUCUUGAUAUUAUUUCUGGGAGAACUGAUGAUGCUAUAGAAAAUGAACCUUUCGAUGAGGGAAUAAUCGGUAUACAAUUUGUUGCAUGAUGAUGAUGCAUGGUUUAUUCCUAGGAUAAUGAACUAAA